AUGCAUGCAAGUCUUUCUGGACAAUACGUGGAAACGGUGGAUGGUUUGACAGCGCUGGUUUCUGGUGGCUAUUUUUUUGAUGGUUCUCUCAUCACUUCUUUGAACGAAGACGAAAUUCGCGCGCUUGUUCGUCAAGCUCUUGCAUCUGAUAUUCAUUCAUUUUGUGUUUGUGGCGUUUUCUCUCCAUGCCGACCUGAUCAAGAACAACGUGUAGCUGAAAUCAUUCGGGAAGAAUCAUCAGAUGUAUUCAUCACUCUUUCACAUGAAAUUGCCGGCUUGGGCUUAAUCGAACGUGAGAAUGUGUCGAUUCUUAAUGCAUGUCUUCACCCACUGGCUUUUCGCACUAUGAGAGCAUUAGAACAAGCUCUUCCUCCUGGAAUACCUCUGUUUCUCACUCAAAAUAAUGGAACUUUGUUAUCUAUUGAUCAAUGUAUUCGAUUCCCUGUUCUUACAUUUGCUAGUGGUUCGACGAACUCAAUGAUUGGUGCAGCUCAUCUGACUGGUAUUCAAAACGGGAUAGUAAUUGAUGUGGGAGGAACAUCGACUGAUAUUGGAGUGAUUGCCAAUGGAAGGCCAAGACAAACAUUUGCGAAAGUAUAUCUGAUCGAUGACAUUCGUGUCAACAUGAGCAUGCCUGAUGUUCUUUCUUUGCCAUUAGGCGGUGGCACAAUUAUACAUGUUGAUGAGGACACUGGAUCAAUAUGCGUUGGUCCAGAUAGUGUCGGCUAUCAAUUAGUAACUCAUGCAUUGGCAUUUGGUGGUCAAACUAUCACUGGUUGUGGUGGUGGCGGUGAACCUUAUCACACAAAAUUGUCAUGUCUAGAAAUGUUGAAUACCUGCAACGGUGUCAUGCGUGUAAUACCUCCUUCUUCUCUUCAUCCAUCGUUGGACCUGGCCGCUAUUGUUGGUUUCAUGGGUGCACCCACAGUAUCUUAUGAGCAGUUACCAAGUGGUAAUGAGUGUCUGUUGGCUAUCAGUACUAUCGAAGCAUAUCUCUCUAGAAAAGUUACAUCAGUAUUCUGUGGAGAAAUCGGUGGUGCGAAUGGUUUACGUGGUUUGUUAGUGGCAGCAAGCAAACAAGUUCCAUGUGUCGAUUGUGACAACAUGGGAAGAGCCUUUCCUCGACUCGAUCAGAAGCUGUCAUUCAUUCGAGGUCAAAGUGUCACACCUACUUGUUUAUGUGAUGUUCAUGGACGUACGGUGUUGUAUACACAAGAGACAAUCAGAGACGCACAAGAACUUGAGGAGACAUUAAGAAAGGAAUGUACAAAGAUGGGUCUUAGAGGUGGACUUUGUCUACCACCGUUGACAGGUGACCAAGUACAAAAAUACACAGUGCAUCAUAGUCUGUCCCUAGCUUGGUUCCUCGGGGAAGCUAAAUUUAAUAAUCAUAAUAAUGUUAUUCAAGCAGUUGCCCAAGCUGGUCAUGGUUGGAUCGUUAUUUCAGAUGGAAAAGUAAUCGGUGUAGAACGGAACACUGGCUCUGGUUUUGUUCGAGGUCAUGUAAUAAUCGAUGUCGAAGGAAAAAUAUUGACAAUAGAUUUUCAAAAUGAAAAUUUGGUGGCUCGUUUCGAAGACAAAGUAAUUGCCAGUGUACCUGAUCUGAUUACACUCGUCGAACAGGACUCAGGCGAACCGUUGUCUACAGAAACUGUCAAAUACGGAUGUCGUAUCUCAGUGCUUGUGCUACCAGCGCCCGAGGCAAUGACCACAUUAGAGUCUCUCAAAUAUGUGGGACCUCGUGCAUUUGGCUAUGACCAUGAUUACAUACCACCUUCGUAUCAUGUUCCAAUUAAAUCCGUUUGGGACAUAUAUUAUAAUAAACCUUCUAUAUCACAAUAA